CCUCAUCACUGUUUAAACUCUCAGCAGGCUUUUUUGAACAUCAGUACCAAACAGAAUUCUUACGUUGUUCUUUCACUCUGCUUCUCCUCAAAGAUAAAAGGAAGAAAAAAAUGGGGAAAAUAAAUGGAUGCCUCAAGUGCGUUUUUAUCUUCUUCAAUGUGCUGUUUGCAAUCCUGGGAUGCGUGAUGAUAUAUGUUGCAGUGAGAGUCACUGUCAAUGAAAUGAUAUCAUCAUUUGGAGGCCCAGGAUCAGGCUGGAUCUGGGUGAUUGCCAUCAGCAUCUUCGGUGUCUCCUUUCUGGGAAUCUUUGCUGCCUGCAGUGAGAGGGUUCUUUUCCUCAAAUUAUUUGCAGGUUUCAUGGUGGUGGGAAUGAUCAUCAUGCUAAUCUUCGGAACAGUUGUGGCCGUUUUCCGAAACCAGUUAAAAAGCGCCUUUUCUAGUAAAUCCAAAGAAAUUAUCAGCCAGAUCAUGGACAAUGAAAAAUCUCGCCAGAUUCUCCUUUCCUUGCAAGAACAAGCUAAGUGCUGUGGAGUUGGUAGUGCUGCAGACUGGGGCACAGAAAUACCUUCCAGCUGUGAAUGCAAGGAGGGUAUUGGACUCGAUGGAAAGGCUCAAUGUGGACCCAAACCCGCGGGAUCCACGGGACCGGAUAGGAUCUAUUCCCAGUCCUGUGACUAUAUCAUCUUUAAUAUAACUGACCUCCCUUUGCGCGUCUGUAUUGGCUUCCUUUUUGGAUUCGCCGUCACUGCAUUGAUGGGCCUGCUUAUCUCCCUCUUCAUGAUCCGUCAGGUCACUCAUCACAGCAGCAUGGGGACUUUCUAAACAUCCUCUUUUGAAUUUCACCCUCUGUAAUAUAACCAGUGGUCUAUGUUUUUCAU